AUGAAUUCCACUUUUAGAGGCAAAGAUGCAGUAGUGACACUGAUCAAUUCAUGGCACGAGAAAUGUGUUGAAGACGAGGCCAUUUUGGCUGAUCUUAACAUUAGAGUGAACAAAGCGUUCUCCCAAAAGAACAAGUACUUGAAGCUGAGUCAUAAAAGGAAGCUGAAAGCUGAGGAGUUGGAUGCAGUAAUGAAUGAUGAAAUUAAAGGUUGUUUGAUGAACCAUAUGCGAUGCGAAGAGCACCACAGUGAACUGGAGUUGGCAUUCAACGAAGGAUUCGAAAAAUUCCGAGCAUUCGCGGCAACUACUCAUACAAGUUAUAAUUGGGACUAUGUGUCCCCUGAUGCUGUGAGAGAGAUACUAGACGAUGGUGGUGACAUGAAUGAGCAUAAGCACGUCAAAGCUGCUCGGAAGAAGCCGACCGAUACGACUAAGUGA